GCUCUAAAGUACUUCAGUGACAGUCUGGAGAUGAACAGGCAGAUACACGGUGAGGCUCCACACCCAGAUGUAGUCGUCUCUUUGUAUGAAAUAGGUAAUAUCUUCUGGGCUAAAGGUGAUUACAAUAGAGCUCUAAAAUACUUCACUGACAGCCUAGAUAUAUACAGACAGAUUUAUGGCGAUGCUCCACACCCGCAUGUAGCUGUCUCUUUACAUGAACUAGGUAAUAUCUACCGGUCUAAAGGUGAUUAUAUUAGAGCUCUAAAGUACUUCACUGACAGUUUGGAGAUGAAGAGGCAGAUACAUGGUGAUGCUCCACAUCCAGAGGUAGCUGUCUCUUUACAUGAGCUAGGUAAUAUCUACCGGUCUAAAGGUGAUUAUAUUAGAGCUCUAAAGUACUUCACUGACAGUUUGGAGAUGAAGAGGCAGAUACAUGGUGAUGCUCCACAUCCAGAGGUAGCUGUCUCUUUACAUGAGCUAGGUAUAGUCUACAAUGCUAAAGGUGAUUACAAUAGAGCUCUAAAGUACUUCAGUGACAGCCUAGAGAUAUACAAACAGAUUCAUGGUGAUGCU